UUUGGCAUCAGAUGGUAGUCGACGUGUGUAAGACUUAUCUCCCCCAAUUAUCUGUUGGCUUAGAUGAUCCUCGAGUCAAAAUAGAAUAUCGAGAUGGAGCAGAAUAUUUGAGACAACAUCCUCAUUCGUUUGACGUAAUUAUAACCGAUUCCUCCGAUCCUGUAGGUCCAGCAGACGUACUAUUUCAAAGACCGUUUUAUGAAAGCCUACAUACUGCACUCAAACCAGAUGGAAUAUGUUGUUGUCAAGCAGAAAGUAUUUGGUUGCACAUGGACCUCAUACGUCCAUUGCUUGAUACUUGUCGAAAUAUUUUUGCUUCCGUUUCAUACGCUUAUACGAUGAUUCCAACAUAUCCUGGAGGACAGAUCGGGUUUGCUAUUUGCUCCAAGUCGGUACGUGAUAACAUACGGCAGCCUUUGAGAAAACCUGAUAUGACCUUACUACAAACAUUGAAAUAUUAUUGUCCUGAAAUACAUCAGGCAGCCUUUGUAUUGCCUCUUUUUGCUAAAAGGGAAUUGGAAGACAGUUCUUAAUUGUUGUUGUUCUUGUGUAAUAAUAUAUAGAAGCUAAGAGUCAAUAAAGUUUUCUUUCUUGAU